AUCAUUGACUAUAGGAGCGUAUAUUGACGAUGGGAGCUGCACAGAAAGGGACAUUGUCAUUCGUGAGGAGAUAAGAGUGGGUAAUUUUAGUGUGUCCAAUUCGGCAUCGAAGAAGAACUGUUUUAUCAUGGCGGUUUGACAGAGAAAGAGAUGGUGACACAUCAAGACAUUGGUUUAUAUCGUGAAGUUUAUUAAAAACGGCAUUGUCCCAAUUUGCUUUCCAUUCGGAUGAUACGAGUUUAUUUAUAGCUGGUCUAAAAUCACAAGCAGCGCUGUAUUGUGUGUGUCUUCUUUUAUUUCUUGUAUACGUCUGCUUAUUACAAGGAACUGUUGCAUUACAGUGUUAUUCUUGUGACAAAUUUGAUACCAGCGAAGAUUGUAUGAAUAUAACUGACUGCAGAAAUGAUGAGGUGUGCUAUGCUCGUGCUGACGGUACGUCUUCUGGAAAGGUAAAAUACACGGUGGGAUGCACACGUGAUAUGUCUGCACAGAGAGAAGACGCGACAUUUUGUACUAAUAUGUGUUUGGAGAACUUAUGUAACUUAAACCAUUGUAACAUUCCAAUUUCACCAAAGGGAGGUAAAGUCAGGCCUCCUCGUUGCAUGUCCUGUGAACUUAUUAGCAGUCCAGACACCUGUACAAAUCUUGUACAAUGCAAUGAAAACGAGAUAUGUUAUAUUCGUGAAGUUGUGGUCUACGGAAACAAGAGAUUUCGAAUGGGAUGUAUGAGUACAAUUCACUGCACAAGAAGUACUCCGGACUCGAUUAAUCCGGGGAUAAUCGUUGGAAAGCGUUCAAAUGUUGCACACAAUACUUCGACAGCGUGUUCUGUAUGUUGUGACAAAGACAAUUGCAAUACAGUUGCAUGUGAACACCAUACCUCAUCGGUCGGGACCAUCUAUGCACUCCAGAUGUUUGGUGACCCUUCAUGUUUUAACAAAAAUGAAGAUUCUUGUGCUUCAUUUGGAAUGCUUGACACAAAUGCUUGUGUAAAAGUGCCAAAGGUAGAUCAACUUUGUCCAAAAACUUGCGGAUUAUGCGGUCAUUACGGAUGGUCACAAUGGCACGAUUGGUCUGAUUGUUCAAAGACAUGUAGCCAAGGGACAGCGGUAAGGAGAAGGGACUGUCUGUAUCAAGUUCAUGUAGCGCAUGCUCAAAACUGUACAGGCAUAUCAAUAGAGACAAAGACUUGCAGUGACAGGUUAUGCUUACACGAAGGGGUGUGGUCGAAUUGGGGAUCAUGGGGACAGUGUUCAAGUACAUGCUCUUAUGCCACAAAGUCAAGAGUACGUUACUGUUCUGGAAGUGGUCAAAUACAUGGCAACUUGUUUUGUCCUGGUGACCAUUUUGAUAUUUCGCAAUGCAACCUACUGGACUGUCCAGUUUGUCCAUCAUCCAGCUGGGUAUACAAAAGGCCAUCCUGUUAUCUAUUCAUACGUCAAAAAAUGACAUUUGACGCUGCACAGAAAACUUGUCAUGGAAGAAACGCGUCAUUGGUACAUGUUCAAUCAACUGUUGAAAACUCCUUUGUCGUGUCUUAUCUUAAGUCUCAUAAUGAUUCUGACACCGGCUGGUGGUUGGGUAUGACGGAUUCUGUUACUGAGGGAAACUGGGAAUGGUCAGACUUAAACCAAAAAGUCAACUUUACGUUCUGGAAUGAUAAACAGCCCGACAAUGAUGGUGCUUAUGGUGCUGAAAACUGUGCCGUAUUCCUUGCAGAGUUUCAGUAUAAAUGGAACGAUAUUGCCUGUAACAGGACGUACAACGUCAUUUGUAAAAGAACAUAGUUAGAAUGCAUUUCCUAUUUUCCGACUAGGAUCAAGGCCUUUCGAACAUCGUAGAAUUCAUACUUACAAAAUUUGCGUCAUAUAUUUCAAUAUUUAUAGACUUAAAUGGAAAAAAUGAUGUUAACUGUUGAGACCAGUUAAAUGUUAUCUGUGAAAUAUAGAUUAUGUUAUAAGAAAUAAAGGAUUAUUCAAUGUAUAA